AUGGCCACCAACAGACGGGAAGGCAAUGCCCCAAUUACCGUUGCAGUUGCCGGAGGCACUAGGGACAUGGGUCUCGCCAUCAUCCAUGAGCUGAAGCGAUUUCCCGAUCUUUACACUGUCAAGAUUCUGAGCCGAAAUGCCGACGCAAGCCAGGCUGGUGAGCUUGGGGUCAAGAUCAUCACUGUAGAUUAUUCGGACAUCAAAGACACCACCAACGUCUUGGAAGCUGAAGAAGUCCAUACGCUGAUUUCCAACGUCUUUAUCUCUGACGGGGUCACCCCAUCCCGGCAUAAUCUGAUCUAUGCUGCUGAAGCCUCGGCCGUGACCAAGAGAAUGGCGUCCGUCCUGUACACCGGCGGGCACAAGCUCGAUAUCGAAAAGAUCCUCACGAUGACUAAAAGCCUCUAG